AAUGAGACCUGGAGAAAUUUUUGAAAAGUAUAUCAGCUAAGCCCCAGAUUUUAUUCCUUAAAAGAAUUAAUCAUACACUCUUUAAGAGGAUCUCAAAAUUAUGUUAGCCCUCAAAGAUAUCAGCAUAGUUCAGUCUAAAAAUUUUAGAGACAUUGAAGAAAGCCAAAUAGUAAAAAGAACUUACAAUUCUAUAAAAAAUAGGUUUAUAAUACAUUUAUAAUAGAUAUAUGGAUUAUCUACAACAUUUAAAUUAAGAGAAUAUGGAUUAAAUUGCUUAACAUUUAAAUGAACAUGGAUUGGUGGGAUAUUUAUUAUUUAGUAAUACUUAACCUAGAGAAUUAUUAAAGAUUGUUAAUUUUGAUCCUAAAAUAAUGGAUAAGGAAAAAAAGAAAUUGGAAGAAGAACUUGAUAUUAAUAAAUUGUAAAAGGUUAAAGUUGAACACAAAAAAUAAUCUGAUCCUACUUUCCCCAAAAAUGAUUUUGAUAAAUUCUCUAUUGAAGAUAUGGAUCAAGUUCUUAGUCUUUUAUCUGAUUAUAAAGGAGUUCCUAAAGCCUAUUUAGUUGAAAGAUUACAUUAAUUAAGUGGAAAUCUUGAAGAUUUAGAUGGAUUUCUGAAGACUAAUGAUGACACUUAUUGUUUUUUAGAAGAAGAGGAUCAUUUAUUAAAAGAAGAUUAGAAUAAAGAGAGUCCAGCAAUUAGACUUUUAAUAAGGAAAAAGGGAAUUUCAAGAGUUUAAAGAAGAUUAAAAUACUUAGGGAAAUGA